AAAACGCAAAACAAAGCAUUGUGUUCCGUUGAAGUCAAGAUAUGGAACUCCUAACAUAGUGUCACUACGUGUUUGCCUACACACUACUGUUAGGAUUGGGCCUUAGUUGAAACAAAUCUAUAUGUAUAUGUUCUACCAUUCUAAUUCGAGUAUUUUUUAUACAUAGGUUUUAUAGGUGGAUAUUGAAGUCAAUAUUUGAUAUAUGAUACUUGGAUAUAGAGUUCGGUACUUUGAUUUUAAAAACAAUAGAUAUAUACUUGUGGAAAAUAACGUGAAUUUUUGAAGUUUCAUAGAAAUUUGCCGAGGUGAAUUCCUCAAAUCCUGUCAUUAAUAAAGAACUGUGUUUGCAUUUUUUUUCUAGAAAUCCAAUUUAAAAAUGCCAAAAGUAAACAGUGGAAUUCCUACAAAACCAGACAGUUGUGAAGAAAGUCCAUUUCGAGAUAUCGAUCUGUUGCUGGUUGGUAAAACUGGUCAUGGGAAAAGCUCGACAGGUAAUACCAUCAUUGGUCAAACGGUUUUUGAAUCUUCCUCCAGCAUGGCAUCUGUGACCAAGAAACCUGAACUUAAAGUUGGUAUGUUCAAGAACUAUGUCCUUAAAGUCAUGGAUACACCAGGUGUUAUGGAUACCUCAAAAAUAGCAGAUCCAAUCGCAGCCUUGAAUCUUAUUAUAAAACAAAUGAAGGACGCUGUGAUAUUGAAUCCGAAAGGUUACCAUGCUUUCUUGGUGGUAUUGAAAUUCGGUAUUAGACUCACGGAAGAAGAAGUCCAUUCCGUAAAGAUAUUGAAACAAAUAUUUGGUGUUAACUUUUUACAAAAGUAUUGCAUCAUUAUACUAACCUGUGGAGAUAAUUUUCACAGAGAAGUUAAAGUAAAAGGCAUCAGUUUUAAAAAAUGGAGACACGAGCAAGACGGCUUUUUUAAACAGCUUAGACUCGAAUGUCAAGACCGCGUAGUCCUAUUUGAUAAUGUCACUCAACGUGAUACAAAAGUUUACAAGAAACAAAUGAGAAAACUCAUACAUUUUGUAGAAAAAUUAAACACAGACGGCCAUCGUUACACUGACAAGCGUUUCGAGCUAGCGAAACAAAGUCGCGACGCGCUAUUGCGUGCGAAUCACUUGGACAAGGUUGCUGUAGGAUUAGAGGAAGUCAGCGAUAUCUUAAUGAUCUAUAGGUUUAUAGCUGAUAAUGACCUCAAUGAGCCGAAUGAAAAAUUUUUAGAAAUACUGGAUAAAUGUGACACCCUAUCUAAGCGGUUUUCAAACAACGAAUCCGAAUUGCCAGCAGUCAUACAUUUUUUGAAACUGGUUGAGGAAAUUAAAAAUACCUGCAUUAGAUUUGUCUGUAAAUAUGAAGAUAUUCAAAAGAAAAUUAAAACAAAUAAAGAGAGCCUGAAGCGAGAGUCUCAACGAAUCAAAGACGUGUUUAAUGCAUUCACGGGUAAUGAAGAAGAUUUCGACCCUGAUACUGAAACUGAGGAAAACAGACGCUCAGCAGGCGCUUGGUACCCAUACAAGGACGAUCCAGUUUUGGCAGACGAUCAAUGCGACGUAGAGUCAAAGGCCAAAGAUGACAGUGAUGAAAUUAUCACAACAUUUGAGGGAGUGACUUUGAGAAAAAGAAGAAACACAAGGAAAAGCGAAAAGAGUGAUGCUGACGUUAGAGGAUUGGGAGAUUCACUGAAAAGCGAAUUUGAAGUCAAUAAUGUCAUGCAGCAAUUGAUAGAUGAGGAGAAGAAGUUGGAAGUUGAGCUUAAAACCAUUAAAACUGAGCUGGGCUUAGAGGUACAAAAACAUUGGAACAGUCACAAUGUACUCAAAGACAAAUGUGACGAUAUAGUGAGGUCCAAGGGCUCGUGUCAAAUAUUAUAAAAUAUUCUUUGUUUUGGCACAUUGAUUGAUUGUUUGAUCAUCAGAUUUUUUUUGCACAUUGAUUGAUUGUUUGAUCAUCAGAUUUUUUUUUGCACAUUGAUUGAUUGUUUGAACAUCAGAUUUUUCUUAUCUUAUCUUAACUUAUAUAGUACAUACGUUACUUCAAAAAAAAAAAAAAAAGAAGAUGAUUAAGUCCUACGUAUUUCAUGUGUCACGUCAUGCAUGUUAAUCAAUGACGUAAACUCUGCCAAGUCAAUGGUUUUCCUGGCUGAUUCAGGCAACCCAUUCCAUUUUCUAAUGGCACUAGGGAAAAAGGAGCACUUGUAGUACGAAUUUGUUAUAGCGUAUGGAAGAAAUGUGUCUCUAUCUCUGUGUCUUUCUGAGUAUUUCAUUAGGUAUUAGUUGCUGUUUUCUCUAUUUGUAAAUUAUGUUAUAUGUAUUAUAGCUACUUUGCUUUUUAUUAUUCUGUCCUGAAGUGUCUGUAAGUUUAGUGAUUUUACAGUUUUUACUAGUGGUGUUACUCUUGUGAGCAGGUCAGGCAGGCGCGAGUGGUAGAGGACCUGUUCUCUGCUCAACAUUAAAAUUUACCAACAGUAGGCAGAUGUUUGCGCUACUGGGUGGGCUCAAUCUGUGACACCUCAGUCUACGACCAAGGGGCUAGAGUCGCCUAAGUAACCAGACAUACUAAUCUAAACUAAAUGAAAGCAAGAAGACGAAACUUUAGUUUAGGAUAAAUAAAACAAAAAGAUACUUUAUUUACAUAAAAAUAAAUGAAUCAAUAAUAAAAUAUAAUAUAUAACUAACUAACCACUACUACUGAACCCAUCAACUAACUAAAACCCUCUAAAUCUACACCACUACAAACACUAACAAACUGAUCAAACCAACUAUCUAACUAAAUCACUACAAAUACUACCCUAGACCUAGAUCUACACAAACACACUAGAAUAAACUAGUCUAGAUCUACAAUAUCGUACUACUACAAUCAACCCAUAACACUAACACUAAAACAAGAACAUAAUAUAUAACUUAUAACUAAGUUUACUAAGGCGAUAAUAAAGAAACAAAUAACACUAGUCUAGAUCUACAGCAACAAUAACAAUACAAGAUCUAUCAAUAGCUGUUUAUAGCAGAAACAAAAUUAGAAAAUAACACUAGAUUCCCUAGAAUUAGAAUAGAUCUACAACAGCAAUUAUAGCAGCAAUAUUAGAUACAGCAGCAUGUAUUUCAGCAGUACUAUUCAUCAGUAACACAGCAGUAAUAAUAGCCUGCAAAACAAAUGCAAAACUAUAUUAUAUUCUAUUUAGGACUGAUGGAUGCCGCCAUCUUUAAUACAGCCUGUUGCCAACUAUUAUGACAAAUAGUCCAAGUAGAAAAAAAAAUAACUACCUUACACAUAGCGUGACAUAGAUCUAGUAAAAAAAAAUAGUUAAACUUACAGGCCGUCCCAGGUACAGAAUAAUAAAAUAAUUAGACGACAGACCACAAAGAUCUUCGGCUGUCACACAGACAUACUAUACUGACCACUGGUCAACUGUACACUGAACUGUUUCAAGACAGCAUGUAGUACAUCACUUUUAUACUAUCCCGCACUAACCUAUAUAAAUAUGCGGAAGUACAAUUAUAAAAUCUGACACUAACCUAUAAAAAUAAAAUAUAUAAAAAUAGAUCUAACCUAUACAACAAAAAUACAUAUAAAACUAGCUUAGGGGGCGCAAGCUCACACUCUAAUCAAAUCGGAAAAUUCGUUUGUUAUAAAUUUGUUUGUUAUAAAUCUAACUGCUCUAUUUUGUUUUUGUUCAAGUUUCUUUAUGUUUUCUUAAAUUUAAGUGAUCCCAAACAAAGGAUGCAUAUUCCAAUGUUGGCCAACUAAAGUUAAAUAGCAUUUUAAUUUUAUGUUUUUGUUAGGUUUGUAAAAAAAAUUCUUUUAGUAAAAUCUAAUGUUUUGCUUGAUUUUUUAAAAUAAUUUCAUCACUAUAGGAAUUCCUUGAUAACCUAGAUAUUUUUGCUUUUUAGUCUGUGUGACUGUUUACCAUGAAUAAAGUAAUUAGUUUUUAUUUGAUUUUGUUUUGUUGUUUUUUUUUUGUUUUUUUUUUAUUGUUCUGUAUAUUAUGUAUUAGUUGAAGUUAUACUAGUUCAAGUUUAAGUUUCAUUUUACGAAUUAAUUCAAGUUAUUAUUCAAUUGAGAAGUUCUAUGUAAAUAUGUCAAAGUUAAGGAAGUUUAUUAAAGAAGUUUUGAGA